AUGCAAACUGCCCAGAGCUCCUGCCCUGGAAGCCCCCCAGAUACUGAUGAUGGGUGGGAACCAGUCCUAUGCAGAGGUGAGAUCGACUUCGGAGGGUCCGGGAAGAAGCGAGGCAAGUUUGUGAAGGUGCCAAGCAGCGUGGCCCCCUCUAUGCUCUUUGAACUCCUGCUCACCGAGUGGCACCUGCCAGCCCCCAACCUGGUGGUGUCCCUGGUGGGUGAGGAGCGGCCUUUUGCUAUGAAGUCUUGGCUUCGGGAUGUCCUGCGCAAGGGGCUGGUAAAAGCAGCUCAGAGCACAGGUGCCUGGAUCCUGACGAGCGCCCUCCGUGUAGGCCUGGCCCGCCACGUUGGGCAGGCUGUACGUGAUCACUCUCUGGCUAGCACAUCCACCAAGGUCCGUGUAGUGGCCAUUGGAAUGGCCUCUCUGGACCGUAUCCUUCACCGUCAGCUUCUAGAUGGUGUCCAGGAGGAUACCCCCAUCCACUACCCUGCAGAUGAGGGCAGCAUCCAGGGACCACUCUGCCCGCUGGACAGCAAUCUCUCCCACUUCAUCCUGGUGGAGCCCAGCACCCACGGGAGUGGGGACGGGCUGGCAGAGCUACGGCUGAGCCUGGAGAAGCACAUCUCUCAGCAGAGGACAGGCUAUGGGGGCACCAGCAACAUCCAGAUACCUGUCCUUUGCCUGCUGGUCAACGGUGACCCCAGAACCUUGGAGAGGAUCUCCAGGGCAGUGGAGCAGGCUGCCCCGUGGCUGAUCCUGGCAGGUUCUGGAGGCAUCGCUGAUGUACUUGCUGCCCUGGUGAGCCAGCCGCAUCUCCUGGUGCCCCAGGUGGCUGAGAAGCAGUUCAGAGAGAAAUUCCCUGGCGAGUGUUUCUCUUGGGAAGCCAUUGUGCACUGGACAGAGCUGCUACAGAACAUUGCUGCGCACCCCCACCUACUCACUGUGUACGACUUCGAGCAGGAGGGUUCCGAGGACCUGGACACUGUCAUCCUCAAGGCACUUGUGAAAGCCUGCAAGAGUCACAGCCAAGAGGCCCAAGACUACCUAGACGAGCUCAAGCUGGCUGUGGCCUGGGACCGUGUGGACAUUGCCAAGAGCGAGAUCUUCAGUGGAGACGUGGAAUGGAAGUCCUGCGAUCUGGAAGAGGUGAUGACUGAUGCCCUAGUGAGCAACAAGCCUGACUUCGUGCGCCUCUUUGUGGACAGCGGUGCUGACAUGGCCGAGUUCUUGACCUAUGGGCGGCUGCAGCAGCUUUACCACUCCGUGUCCCCCAAGAGCCUCCUCUUUGAACUGCUACAGCGUAAGCAUGAGGAGGGCCGGCUGACACUGGCUGGCUUGGGUGCCCAGCAGGCCCGGGAGCUGCCCGUUGGACUGCCCGCUUUCUCACUCCAUGAGGUCUCCCGUGUACUCAAGGAUUUCCUGCAUGAUGCCUGCCGUGGCUUCUACCAGGAUGGGCGCAGGUUGGAGGAGAGGCGGCCCACAGGCCAGAAGUGGCUACCAGACCUCAAUCGGAAGAGUGAGGACCCUUGGAGGGACCUAUUCCUCUGGGCUGUGCUACAGAACCGUUAUGAGAUGGCCACAUACUUCUGGGCCAUGGGCCAGGAGGGUGUGGCUGCUGCUCUGGCUGCCUGCAAGAUCAUAAAGGAAAUGUCUCACCUGGAGAAAGAAGCGGAGGUGGCCCGCACCAUGCGUGAGGCCAAGUAUGAACAGCUGGCCCUGGAUCUUUUCUCUGAGUGCUACAGCAACAGUGAGGACCGUGCCUUUGCCCUGCUGGUGCGCAGGAACCACAGCUGGAGCAGGACCACUUGCUUGCACCUGGCCACUGAAGCUGAUGCCAAGGCCUUCUUUGCCCAUGAUGGUGUGCAAGCAUUCCUGACCAAGAUCUGGUGGGGAGACAUGGCCACAGGCACGCCCAUCCUACGGCUGCUGGGUGCCUUCACCUGCCCGGCGCUCAUCUAUACCAACCUCAUCACCUUCAGUGAGGAUGUCCCACAGAGGAUGGACCUGGAAGAUCUGCAGGAACUGGACAGCUUGGAUGUGGAAAAGAGCUUCCUGUGCAACCAGGGCGGCCAACUGGAGAAGCUGACAGAGACGCCAAGGGCUCCAGGCGAUCUAGGCCCACAGGCCGCCUUCCUGCUCACACGGUGGAGGAAGUUCUGGGGAGCUCCUGUGACUGUGUUCCUGGGGAAUGUGGUCAUGUACUUUGCAUUCCUCUUCCUGUUCACCUAUGUCCUGCUGGUAGACUUCAGGCCACCUCCCCAGGGGCCAUCUGGGUCUGAGGUUACCCUCUAUUUCUGGGUGUUCACACUGGUGCUGGAGGAAAUCCGACAGGGCUUCUUUACAGAUGAGGACACACACCUGGUGAAGAAAUUCACCCUGUAUGUGGAGGACAACUGGAACAAGUGUGACAUGGUGGCCAUCUUCCUGUUCAUUGUUGGUGUCACCUGUAGGAUGCUGCCCUCGGUGUUUGAGGCUGGCCGCACUGUUCUGGCCAUUGAUUUCAUGGUGUUCACACUUCGGCUCAUCCACAUCUUUGCCAUUCACAAGCAGUUGGGUCCUAAGAUCAUCAUUGUAGAGCGGAUGAUGAAGGAUGUCUUCUUCUUCCUCUUUUUCCUGAGCGUGUGGCUUGUGGCCUACGGUGUGACGACUCAGGCCCUGCUGCACCCCCACGACGGCCGUCUGGAGUGGAUUUUCCGCCGUGUGCUCUACCGGCCUUACCUGCAGAUCUUUGGGCAAAUCCCUCUGGACGAGAUUGAUGAGGCCCGUGUGAACUGUUCCCUCCACCCUCUACUGCUGGAAAGCUCAGCUGCCUGCCCCAAUCUCUAUGCCAACUGGGUGGUCAUUCUCCUGCUGGUCACCUUCCUGCUGGUCACUAAUGUGCUGCUUAUGAACCUGCUGAUCGCCAUGUUCAGCUACACAUUCCAAGUGGUCCAGGGCAAUGCCGACAUGUUCUGGAAGUUUCAGCGCUACCACCUCAUCGUUGAAUACCACGGGCGACCGGCCCUGGCCCCGCCCUUCAUCCUGCUCAGCCACCUGAGUCUGGUGCUCAAGAGGGUCUUCAGGAAAGAAGCCCAGCACAAGCGUCAGCACCUGGAAAGAGACUUACCUGACCCCUUGGACCAGAAGAUCAUUACCUGGGAAACAGUUCAGAAGGAGAACUUCAUGAGUGCCAUGGAGAAACGGAGGAGGGACAGCGAGGGGGAGGUGCUGAGGAAAACAGCACACAGAGUGGACUUGAUUGCCAAAUACAUCACCGGGCUGAGAGAGCAAGAAAAGAGGAUCCAGUGUCUGGAAUCACAGGCCAACUACUGUAUGCUCCUCCUGUCCUCCAUGGCUGACACAGUGGCUCCAGGUGGCACCCACUCAAGCUCCCAGAACUGUGGUCGCAGGAGUCAGCCAGCCUCUACUAGGGACAGGGAGUACCCAGAGGCUGGCGUGCCACCCUCAGACACCUGACAUGGAGGGACCACCUGUCCUAGAGCCCCAGACCUUGCCAUCUUGGGCUUCUGUGACACAUCAACCUUCCCCUACUCCCAGCAACCCCCAAAAAUGGUCUUCUAGGCCUUGCCACAGACCAC